CAAUUCUAGCUUUGCUAUUGUGUUUGUGUGUGAGAGAGAGAGGGUGGGGAACUGUCAACUCUAGGCUCAUUUCAAGAACAGAUAUAUUCACGUAGUGUGGAGCUGGCAGAAACAGGACAACUGGCAAAUUCAGGUCCACUUGAUUGAUGGAUUUGACCCUUCCGUGACGGUUUUCUGGAUGAAGGUCUCUAAACAGACGUGGUAUCGAACGGGUUCCUCUGCAAGCAGAAAAAAUCAGACCAUCUUUGAGCGGUUGCUUAGUGCGUGGGAUUAGACCCAUGCGGUUCCGAAAAUUUGCUUCUCAAGUGCAUCUGGGCUUCAAGUGCUCGUUAUCCACAUGUCCAGAACCGUCAAGUGUCGGCCAAUCCUCUCCAGUCGUUAUAUUCAUGUGUAUUGCAAUGGCUUAAUGUUUCUGGGUUGGUUGGUCGGUUGGUCGGUCGGACUCGAAGACUUCUCAGUUUGAGCUUAUGAGCCCAAAUCAUCACGAGACAGCGAUGUUCCCCGUCGUCGUCUUUCUUGUGGUUCUUCGCCAGUAAGGACCGACCAUGGACCCACCAGUGAUGGAACAGUUGUGAAAGAAGAACGAGUGUAGCAGUCGUGGACUGUUCGGUAGUUCGGUUGUUCCAUAGCGGUGGAGAGUGUAUGGUUGCUUGGUCGUGAAGGCCAAACUGGGGGAAAAGGAGAGGACGACGACCAAAAAGGCUCAAGAAGAGCACGAGGAGGAGCAGACGAGUCAGCAGCCUUGGAAAGGAAUGGGUAUGGUAAAGUGACCUGGUUGCUGUUGGUGUGAAGCUCCAGGAAACGAAAACGAAAAUGUAUAAAUCGAUUCAUGCUUUCAUCCCGAUUAUGUGAUAGAUUCACCGAGUGAGAUCAUCUUCAAUGGAACUGGUUGUUCAUACCCAAAUGUGAUUUGUUGUGUCUGCCCUCCUGUUACUUGCUUCUAACAUUACUUGUGUUAUUCUGUGAUCUCCUCCAACAACCGUCAAUGGAACGAAAGUGAAUAAGCCUUGUCCACGAAAAUACUCCCUUUCAAGAGGACAUCGCCCGUUUUUUUGGUAUCGUUAUUUUUCGGCCCCCUCACGAAAUUGUUUUCCCUACUCUCAAAAUGGUCCUGGCAUCAUCCAUGAUCCCAGAGGGCUCGGUUCGCCCCAAAUUUGUGCCCUUGAGACGAAGGCGUGUGGUCUCGCCCAUUCAGCGGGGAAUGCUUCUUGGAGUGGUUUUUGCAACCUGGAUUUGCCUCAGUCACUUCUACUUUAGACCACAAAUGGAAGCGGAGAAUGAACCCACGUGGAAAGGAUCCCGAAGUCUUUUGAACGUGACUGAGAGCGAUGACGGAGACUUUGAGGCGGAUGGAGAACUCAAGCCGGGUCAUUGUAUGCCCCCUGCCAUCGAACAAUUCCCGGAACCGAUCCUGAACAAGACCCAGAGGCGCUACGGAGGACUGAUUUUCCACAUUGCUUUGGCCAUUUACAUGUUCAUCGGAUUGGCCAUUGUGUGCGAUGACUUCUUUGUACCAGCUCUCGAGAAACUCGCCGAAGUCUUGAACCUUCCCCCGGAUGUGGCAGGAGCAACCUUCAUGGCCGCAGGCUCAUCUGGACCGGAAUUAGCCACGGCACUUAUCGGGGUUUUUGUGGCCAAGAAACAUGUCACUGUUUUAGAAGCACUCGAAGAUGCUACCGUGGAAGAUGACAUUGGAGUGAGCGGAGUCAUUGGAUCGGCUGUUUUCAACAUCACUCUGGUGAUCGCGGUUUGUGCUUUGGCAGCCGAACAAGUACUCUUCUUAAAUUGGUACUCCGUGGUCCGAGAUUGCACGUGUUACCUCAUUUCCAUCACGGUGCUCCUUUUCACCAUUGCCAAUGAGGUCAUUUCAUGGCCUGAAGCUCUCUUUUUCUUGAUCCUCUACGUCGCCUAUUGUGUGGGUAUGGCCUUCAACUCGCACAUUGAAGUGUUGGUUCGCUCCAAGUUAAGGGUGCCCGAGUCUUGGAACGUGACCAAACCACCUCCUUCAGCAGCCAAUGUGGAUGGUGGAACGGGUGCAGAUAAACAGGACGACUUGGAAAGUGGCUAUGGCCGGAUGGAUGGCAAAAAGACGAAUGGCACCAAAGGAGAAGAAUUCGUGGAACUGCCGUUGUCUCCGACCAAUCCGGACACCAAAGCACCCGCCGCCCAUGCAGUUGAGCCUAUUGAAAAUCCCCUGGAAAAACCGAUGGAUGGAAACAUGCUGAAAUUGGUCAAGUACUACUUACUGUUUCCGCUCUACUUCCUGUGCAAAUAUACCAUCCCAGAUUGUCGCACAGACCAAUUUGCCCGUUUGUACGUGCUGACAUUCGUAGUGGCCAUCAUUUGGAUCUCGGUGUACUCUUACUUCAUGGUGUGGAUGAUUACGGUCAUUGGCUUCACUUUGGCCAUUCCAGACACAGUCAUGGGCCUCACCUUCAUUGCAGCGGGUGUGAGUGUUCCAGAUGCUCUCUCCGGAGUGGCCGUGGUUAAAGAAGGUCACGGAGAUAUGGCCGUGUCAAAUGCCAUUGGGAGCAAUGUCUUCGACAUCCUGGUCUGUCUUGGACUUCCUUGGUUUCUGGAUACAGCUAUCGUUAAUCCGGGCACUUACGUCCGCGUCCGAAGUCGAGGAUUGAUCUAUUCCACAUUCAGCCUAUUUUCCACCGUGGUUUUUCUGAUUGUGGCUUCUCACAUCAAUGGGUGGAAAUUGGACAAGAAAUUCGGCAUCAUCCUCCUUGUUUGGUACUUCAUCUUCAUGCUCAUUGCUUCCCUCUAUGAGCUGAAUAUCUUUGGGGAAUUCAAUCCUCCCGAAUGCGAGAGCAACUACUAACAAAUGAACAACCCCCCCCUGCCUCCCCCUCCCCUCAUUAACAACCCCAAUUGUAUACCUAUUUCAAUACUCCUUGGGUUGUGUUUGUGUGUGUAUGGGUGCGCGUUUUAGCUUUCAAAAACCAAUUCUCCACGUUUUCAAUUUCAAGAUUUCUUCAAUUCAAUAAUACCCUUAUUACAUAUAAGCCCUUCUUCCCUCCUCAACCUUUCAAUUUGGAAACAGGCUUUCAACCUACCUAUCAACGAAUCAAUGGAAAAGUCAACCUUCAUAAUCCAGCUUUGGAUGGAUCACUGUACUAGUGUAAUAUACUUGUAGUGUGUCGAGUGUGCAUGCUAGUUUCUCGAUGUAAUCCUCUUCCUUAAUCUUUUCUCGAACUUCAAAUUCUUAAGGAACAUGACAUUGUGCAUGGUUGUAGUGUGCAAGAUGUCCGAUAUGUGGACAUCAGUGGUGUGUUCCCCCUUCAAAGUUUAGAAACAUCGAAUUUCAUAUUCUGCUAAAUUUGAAACAUAACCUUGGAGUUUCCCAUCCUCUCAAAACGUAGGCGACCAUUAGAAAAAGACGCAAUAUUUGCACCGCAAGGUUGCUUUUUUUUGACUUUCCAGUUGGACUUACUCAACAUUUUCAGUCCAUGUUAACAAUGUAAUCCCAAAUUUAUGUUGCUGCAGUCUAUGUCAUCAUUGUUAAUUUAGUAGAUCGUAACUUUUCAGUACUUCAACAUACAUCACGUUUUCUAAUAAAUUGCUAAUUCCAUUUUUAUUACAUCACAUUUUCUAAUAACUUGUUCAUUUAUUUCGUUUGUGAAACAAGAAUUCGUUAGCCAAUUGAGGAUGAUAGGAUAAAAAUACUACAACAAUAUUAGAAUCAUUACUCACUUUUGCCUUACCCAAAACUUUAGGACCUAAUUUACAUAACAAUCUGAGCAAUUUUCUUUUUAUUACACACUCUCUGAUGAUCCUAAUAAUACCAGCACAGAUUGUCUUAUGAAAAUCUAUAAUUUCCAUUGUUGUUGCCUUGUAUUCGACUCCUAACAAAUCCAGCGCUUGUUAUUCGUCUAUUAUUGUAUUGAAUUUCACAUACUAUUACGUUUUGGGUGAAUAAAGCUUAUAACUAGUCUCUUUA